AGUUUUCCAAAUGAAAUGCAAAUCCAUUUAUUUCGCUAUUCCAGUACUACUAUUCACGUUUGUGCCUAAUUUGGAGAACGACUCUUUUAGUGUUCAAGGGUUUUACAGUUCCUUGGGUAUCUUCCUUCCAGUAUCUUCGAUAGCCAAUAACUAUAGCAAGAAAACUAAAAACAUUUCAUUUCUAUACAUGUACAUACACACACAUAUUAAUUAAGUUUUUAGGAAUUAAAAUAGAUUUCAAAAUAAUAAAAGCAAACGUCAAUUGACAAGUGUUUCCAUACGUUUAACUUAAAUAAUGUACGACAAGAAGCUUCUCCACCAUAAGUUCGAAGAAUUUUAGACUGUCUGUCCUUUGUCCAGCGUUUUGUCACUUUCUUUUUAGAUGAACAAUGCCCAAAGGCAGGUUCAAACUCUGUUUUAACUCCCUCUCAAAACGAGUUACCACACAACUGCCAUAGAGGACUGUGAAACGAAAGAAAAUAUUUAUAUAUAAAUGUUGGAAAUGAAUGCCGAAUCGUAUUAUUUAUACAUACCAGUACGUUCCAAGUAUGGAUUCUAUGCCAACCCACUAACUAUCUCCAGUUUAUCAUUUAGCAUUUCCACACUUUGAUCCUUCGUUUAAAGUUGGGCAUAGCAUAAUUUUUAAUUUGUGGUUUAUUUAUUUAGUGAAUUUAAAAGAUGACUAUAAUUUAUGAAAAAUAUUUUAAAUCGAUACCACAUUCGCGCUUUCCGCCCUAUACUUUGCGCUUAACAGCUCUAUUUCUUAUGUAUUCAGCUCCUGGCUAAAUAAUGCGAACCAAAACCACAUUAUACAUACUUAUGUACAUAUGUAUAUCCAACCUACCCCUCAGCUUAAUCUGAAUAAAGCAAAAAAGCCAAAGAAAUUGACAUCUAUAGUUUGCAAUUCGGAAAAGCUGCACAAUUCUAUUCCAAUGGAGAAAAUAUGCAGAGUUUGCAUGGGAACGUCUGGAGCAUUCACAAAUAUUUUUGAUGAGACACAAAAAAGAGACACCUGCAUUGCUGUCAUGUUAUCAGAGUGCACAGGAUACGUGGUUAGGCGAGGUGAUUCCCUACCAGAAAACAUAUGUCCGCCCUGCCUUGAGGACGCAGUGAGUGCAUUCAAUCUUAAGAAAACCUGCGAAAAGAGCCAUAAACUAUGUUUCCAAGUGUUGGAGGAUGAAGAAUUAGAAGAAGAAGACUUUUCUGAUAGUCUGGAAGAUGAGGACUGGGAACCGUCAGAUAUUGAAAGUGAGCAGUCGAUGCAUUUUGAAACCGAUCAAGAUGGUAGCGAUAACACUGAUAAUGUUGAUAGAACCUAUAAGUGUUCUGACUGCUUGAAGUCUUUCUCACACGCCGCAACGCUCCGGCAUCACAUCCGUACUCACACGGGAGAACGACCCUACAAAUGCUUAUUCUGCGCAAAGAGAUUUCGAAAUAAAUGCAAUCUUCACACCCACACCCGUACGCACACAGGGGAUCGACCCUUUAAAUGUUCCCAUUGCUCGAUGUCUUUUGCACAAAAAUAUAAUCUCGAAAGACACACCCGUACGCACCCGGGAGAUCGACCCUUCAAAUGUUCCCAUUGCUCGAAGACAUUUGCACAAAAAUUCGAACUCAAAAUACACAUCCGGAGACACACGGGGGAACGACCUUAUAAGUGUACACACUGCUCUAAAUCCUUUGCCCGAUCCGAUUGCCUUCGAUCUCAUAUGCGCUUUCACACGGAUGAACGAACCUACAAAUGUAGUUACUGCUCCCAGGCAUUUAAAGAAAAAUCCCAUCUGCAAAAACACAACCGUACUCACACUGGGGAACGGCCGUAUAAAUGUUCAUACUGCUCAAAAUCUUUUAUGCAAAAAUCUAAACUUGAUAGACACACUCUCACUCACACAGGUGAAAAACCCUACCAAUGCGCUCUCUGCUCAAAGACAUUUCCAGAAAAAUCUAACUUACAGAUACAUAUCCGUACUCACACGGGCGAGCGACCGUACAAGUGUACCCACUGCUCCAAGUCUUUUUCUCACACCGGGACUCUCCGGAUUCACAUCCGUACGCACACUGGGGAACGACCCUACAAAUGCUCUGAGUGUUCGAUGUCUUUUACACAAAAUUCCGAACUCAAAGUACACAUCCGCACUCACACGGGGGAGCGACCAUAUAAGUGUUCCCAGUGCUCGAUGUCGUUUAAACAACUCGCCCAUCUUCAACUACACAACCGCACCCACACAAGUGAUCGACCCUACCAAUGCUCUCAUUGCUCGAAGUCGUUUCAAGAAAAAUCGAAUCUCCAGGUACACAUCCGUAUUCACACGGGGGAGCGUCCGUACAAGUGUAAUCACUGCUCUAAGUCCUUUACCCAUGCCACAACUCUUCGAGGGCAUAUCCGUUCGCACAAGGAUGAACGACCAUACGAAUGCACCCACUGCUCAAAGUCUUUUAUACAAAAAUACAGACUUGAUAGACACACCCUUACUCACACAGGUGAACGACCCUAUCAGUGCGAUCACUGCUCAAAGACAUUUACUCAAAACUCCCAUCUUAAAGUACAUAUCCGUACUCACACGAAGUAGCGACAACCGGAAUAACUCACAUCCGUAGGCACCCUGCUGCCACUGUAGUUCGAGAUCUUUAAGGCUCUUCAAAGAUUUCGAGCUAGGAGAAACCGACUGCGACAAAGGACACGGCUCACGAUCGAAUACAAGCUUCUCCAGAAGCUUAACCGCUCGCCAACUCAAAAGCGACUUAUCCUUCUGACAUAGGGUAAUAUGAAAAUAUUUAAAUAGAAACAAAAAAAAAACCGAUU